GGGCCACUGAUUGCUUGGCAAAAAAACGAGAGAGAGAGAGAGAGAGAGAGAGAGAGAGAGGUGGCGAUGGAAAUUUCCUACGCCUCCUCAAGCGCGAAGGAUUUCGCGGCCGGCGGCAGCGGAAGCGGUGGUGGUGGCAGGCAGGUGAAGGUCAUUCCGCUUCGCCACCCCGACCCUUCCUCUGCUUCCUCUUCCUUGCUCUCUUCUCUCGUCUCUUUACUCGCCUUCCUGCUGCCGCCGAGGUGGCGUACCAAGUUCAAGCAGAUGACGCUCCUCCAGUGGAUGGAGGUCCUUAUCCCCUGCAUUCGGUGGAUCCGUACCUACAAAUGGCGGGAGUACCUCCAGGUCGACCUCAUGGCAGGGCUCACCGUCGGGAUUAUGCUCGUCCCUCAGGCAAUGUCAUAUGCAAAAUUAGCUGGACUGCAACCAAUUUAUGGGCUUUAUUCUGGUUUUGUACCUAUUUUUAUUUAUGCAAUAUUUGGCUCAUCAAGACAACUGGCAAUCGGUCCUGUGGCAUUGGUUUCUCUUUUGGUUUCAAAUGUUCUGGCUGGCAUUGCUGAUACCAGUAGUGAACUAUAUACAGAACUUGCUAUAUUGCUGGCACUCAUGGUUGGCGUAUUGGAAUGUAUAAUGGGAUUUCUUAGAUUGGGUUGGAUUAUUCGCUUCAUCAGCCAUUCAGUUAUUUCAGGUUUCACAACUGCUUCCGCCAUAGUCAUUUCUCUAUCGCAAGCUAAAUAUUUCUUGGGUUAUAGUAUAGUUCGCUCUAGUAAGAUCAUACCACUGAUUAAAAGUAUAGUUGCUGGAGCUAGUCAGUUCUCGUGGCCCCCCUUUGUGAUGGGAUCUAUCAUUCUCGCAGUUCUCCUUGUGAUGAAGCACUUGGGAAAAACCAAGAAAAAGUUGCGGUUUCUAAGGGCAGCAGGCCCGCUUACUGCAGUUGUCUCUGGUACAGUUUUUGUGAAAGUGUUUCAUCCAUCAUCAAUUUCCGUGGUAGGUGAGAUCCCACAAGGCCUUCCAAAAUUUUCUGUACCUAAGGAGUUUGGUUAUUUGAAGAGUUUGAUACCGACAGCAUUUCUAAUCACUGGUGUAGCUAUAUUGGAAUCUGUGGGGAUUGCUAAAGCAUUGGCAGCAAAAAAUGGAUAUGAGCUGGACUCAAACCAAGAGCUGUUUGGCCUAGGUGUAGCAAAUGUUUGUGGUUCCUUCUUCUCGAUAUACCCCACUACAGGAUCCUUUUCCAGAUCAGCUGUAAACCAUGAAAGUGGAGCAAAGACCGGGCUCUCUGGAAUAGUUAUGGGAAUAAUCAUGGGAUGUGCUCUUUUGUUCAUGACACCUUUGUUUACCGAUAUUCCUCAGUGCUGCCUUGCUGCUAUUGUGAUUUCUGCUGUAAUGGGUCUUGUGGAUUAUGAUGAAGCUAUCUUCUUGUGGCAUACUGACAAAAAGGACUUUCUUCUUUGGACUAUUACUUGCAUUACAACAUUAUUUUUUGGCAUUGAGAUUGGUGUGCUUGUUGGGGUUGGUUCUUCACUUGCAUUUGUCAUUCAUGAAUCAGCAAAUCCUCAUAUUGCUGUCCUGGGACGUCUUCCUGGAACCACUGUCUAUCGAAAUGUCCAACAAUAUCCAGAAGCUUAUACUUACCAUGGGAUUGUUAUUGUGCGGGUAGAUGCACCUAUAUAUUUUGCCAACAUCAGUUAUAUUAAAGAGAGGCUGCAAGAGUAUGAAAUUGAUGAUGAGGGCACUAUGAAGCGUGGUCCAGAAGUUGAAAAAAUUUAUUUUGUGAUUAUUGAGAUGGCUCCUGUUACAUAUAUCGACUCUAGUGCUAUUCAAGCUUUGAAGGACCUUUAUCAGGAAUACCAAACGCGUGGCAUCCAACUGGCAUUAUCCAACCCAAAUCAGAAAGUUUUACAAACUCUGGCAAGUUGUGGAGUUCUUGAACUGAUUGGCAAGGAAUGGUAUUUUGUGAGAGUGCAUGAUGCUGUUCAAGUAUGUCUCCAACACGUACAAAACUUGAAAGAAUCACCCAAAAAAGUCGAUCCAGCAAUGAAAAAUGAGCCCAGUAUUUUCCAGAGGUCAUGGAAACAGAACGAUGACUUGAAGGAACCUCUUAUUGUCUAGUAAGGCUUAGAGUUUGCUGUGGUUAACGUGGUGGUGUUCUUAAAAAAAUGCAAUGGCGAUCAUCUUGCUGUAAAGUACCAUUGGCGAAGCUCUGAAAGGAGGUAUUCCAACUAUCUUCAUUAUGUUAGAUACUACCGUUACCAUUGUUGGGAUAUCAGAGUGCAUGUAUAUCUUUGUGGACGAGGGACCAGAAAGCUUUGUAAUGGCUGAGGCAACAUUUUUCUGUAUCAUUCAUUUGGUUUCAAUAAGGCAUGCCUCAGCGGGAUUAUAAUUGCUUACCCUUGUUCUUACACGUAAAGGAAAUCUUCUUAGUGGACUGCAUAUUUCAAUUUUGAUUUA